GUCAGUGCUCACAGCCCCAUCCCCUGACUGUGGGUGUCUGCAGGGAUGGGGCACCUCCACCUCUCUGUGCACCCUGUGCCAGGGCAGAGGGACAGGAGCACCUCCCCCACCAGCUGCCCACACUGCUUUGGUUGCAGCCCAGAAUAUGGUUGGCUUUAGGGCUGUGAGGAAACACUGCUGGCUCACAUCCAGUUGCAAUCCACCAAUACCCACAAGUUCACUUGGAUAAGGGCUGUGCACAGUCCUUUCAUAGAAUCACAAGGUUGGAAAGGACCUACAAGAUCACCUAGUCCAACCGUCCUCCCUUUACCAUUCCUACAGAAAGCCACUAAGCCAUAUCUCCUAGCUCCCUACCCAAAUACUGAAAGCUUGUACAACGAUCCCCCAGCUUGUACUGAUUGCAGGGGUUGCCACGACCCAGGUGCAGCCCUUGCAAUUGGAUUUGUUCGACUUGAUGAGGUUCACCUGGGCCCGCUACUCAGCCUAUAUAGGUACCUCUGUACUCAUCCAUCCAUCCAGUUGGGAUUACUGGGUCGGACUGGGCCGGGCUCUGCGAGGGGCGGCGGCAGAAGCAGCACAAACGUGCGGGGAGGAGCCGGGUGGCAGCGCCCCGCCCGAGGGGCGGCCCGAUCCACGCCGAGGUGCUGGAAACCGAGGACAAAAGGCUUUAAGAUCCCGAUUGGUGUCCCCGAACCGGGAGCCCUCUCCUGGCUCCUUUCAUCCUGCGAUGUGGCUCAGUAGGAAAGUAAUGGUCAUCCUCGCACGUGUCCGUCUUGUGCUGGGCACGCAGUGGUGACGCGCUGAAAUUCGUCAUUUUGGGGCAGAGCGAGUGGGGACAGCGGGGUGCCAGCCCUGUGCCAGCAGCCGACCCUGCUUCCAGCGCUUCCGUGUCCCCCAAGGUCGCCCACGGCUGGAGCCCAGAGAUAGAGCAGAGCCGUGCCUCGCAGCCCAGCCAUGAAGCUGAACGAGCGCAGUUUGGUGUUCUAUGCCACCUGUGACUCCCCGGCUGACAACGCUGGAUUCCUCUACAAGCGCGGUGAGCGGCACACGGCGUAUCACCGCCGCUGGUUCGUGCUCAAGGGCAACAUGCUCUUCUACUUCGAGGAGCGCGACAGCCGGGAGCCCGUGGGGCUGGUGGUGCUGGAGGGCUGCACUGUGGAGCUCUGCGACUCAGCUGAGGAAUUUGCCUUUGCCAUCCGCUUCAGUGGCACCAAAUCACGCACCUACGUGCUGGCAGCUGACAGCCAGGCGGCCAUGGAGGCGUGGGUGAAGGCACUGUCACGGGCCAGCUUUGACUACAUGCGGCUGGUGGUGCGGGAGCUGGAGAAGCAGCUGGAGGAGAUGCGGUGGGGCUGCCGGCACAACCCAGCCUGCUGCAAGGCACGGCCUUUACGGAUGGAGCACUCCCUGCCAGCUCUGCCUGCGGUUCUGCCAAAGGAGAAUGGCUGUGCAGUAUGGAACAAUGCGCCUGGCGUGGACCGGUUGUGUGAUGGUUGUGAUGAUGACACCAACCCACGGCCACCACCGCUGCCUCCGCGCCGGCGAGCAUCCAGCGGUGACACCGGGACGGCUGAGAUCUCGGCGUUCUGCCGUCUGCACGAGCGGUACGGGAGGGAGGUGGCCCAGCUGCGGCAGGACUGGCAGCACCGGCAGUGCCAGCACCGGCCCUGAGAGGCCCUGAGGGCAUGGAGUGUCUUCAGUGCAAUUUCAGUCCCCUUUAUAGAACUCACAGCUCCUGGGAGCAAGUGCUGAGCUGGGUGCUCUGGGACCUCCAGAUGCAAGGAUUCUGCGGAGGGUUUGGACAGGUGUUGUACUGCCAGAGAGCAGGAACUGCCUUCCCCUCCCUAAGGCCAGCUGAGCCCCACGGCAUCCCUCUGCUCCAGCAGGAUGUGGUUUGUAGAACAAGCACACGAGCACUUCCCUAGCAGCACAGUGCCAAGCACAACAGCCACUGUGGCUUCAUGUUUGCGUGCUGCUGGCACCCAGCAGGAUCCUGGUCCUUCAAUUCACUCUGCAGUGGAGUUGCUUGCACCCAGCCACAUCCUCCAGGGCUCCAGGACAGAUAUUUUAGGGCUAGUGUCACAAAGGGGAAGUGUCACAGCGAUGAACAGGAAUGUGUGUGUCAGCAGCGGGGGGAGCAGAGUGAUUCAUGUGCGCAAGCAGAGCAUGGCUACCAUUGGAGCCUUAGGGUCUCAUGCAGGCAUUUCUCUUGUUCGUAUCCAUUCUGCUGGCCCAAGGACUCUGUGACAUCCCAGCUGGUGCAGUGACUGCUGUUGUUAGACAUCCCACCAGCUCCACCAGCUCCUCCUUCACUAAAGCUGUUGAAUCCCUCCCCUCCUGGGUUUGCUCCUUAGAUCUGGGAGUGAGAGGCACCCUGGGUUGGGCCAAGUAGCCCCAUCUCCAUUUGACUUCUCAGAACUCUGGCUCAAGUUCUUUUUCUGAAAUAAAUAUUGCUUCAGGAAUUCCC